AUGCUCAGUGGCGCCUGCAGUUGGGGGGUAGGGUGGGGGUGCUCAGCGCAAGAGACCGAAGCUGCCGGUUGUGCGCCCCCGCCCCCGUGUCCCGUCCAGGGCCUUCCCUGCCCGGAUCGGCACGGUGUGCUCAGCCUCCCGCCUCCCCUCCGGCUCCAGAGGAGCCCGGGCUCCCGGCGCGGCGGCGGCGGCGGCGGCGGAGGGGCCGCGGGGGCAGCGCCCUCGGGGAGCCGGCCGGCCGGCGGCGGCGGCAGCGGAGGCGUCUCUCGCCGCCUCUGGGGCUUCGCUUCUGACCGUGCAGCCGCUUCCUCGGCUUCUGCUGCCAGGGAAGGUGGAAGCCGCGGGCUCGGGCGCGAGCCGGCUGCUGAGGCGCGGCGGCGGCGGCACCUCCCGCUCCUGGAGCGGGGGGGAGAGGCGGCGGCGGCGGCGGCGGCCGCGGCGGCUGCAGCAGCAGCUCCGUGGAGAGGGUCGGAGUCGCCUGUCACCAUUUCCAGGGCUGGGAACGCCGGAGAGUUGGUCUCUCCCCUCCUACUGCCUCCAACACGGCGGCGGCGGCGGCGGCACAUCCAGGGACCCGGGCCGGCUUUGAACGUCCCCUCCGCCGCCGCCGCACCCCCCCCGGUCCGGGCUCCGGAGGCCGCCGGAGCAGGCAGCGGGGCCGAGGAUCCUUCGUCUUCUCCCCGUUCCGCGGCCGCCGCUGCCAGGCCUCUCGCUGCUGAGGAGAAGCAGGCCCCGGGGGUGCAACCAUCCAGCAGCCGCCGCAGCAGCCAUUACCCGGCUGCGGUCCAGGGCCCCGCGGCCGCCGAGCGAGGGGCAUCAGCUACCGCCAAGUCCAGGGCCAUUUCCAUCCUGCAGAAGAAGCCCCGUCACCAGCAGCUCCUGCCGUCUCUCUCCUCCUUUUUCUUCAGCCACAGGCUCCCAGACAUGACAGCCAUCAUCAAAGAGAUCGUUAGCAGAAACAAAAGGAGAUAUCAAGAGGAUGGGUUCGACUUGGACUUGACCUAUAUUUAUCCAAACAUUAUUGCUAUGGGGUUUCCUGCAGAAAGACUUGAAGGUGUAUACAGGAACAAUAUUGAUGAUGUAGUAAGGUUUUUGGAUUCAAAGCAUAAAAACCAUUAUAAGAUAUACAAUCUAUGUGCUGAAAGACAUUAUGAUACCGCCAAAUUUAACUGCAGAGUUGCACAGUAUCCUUUUGAAGACCAUAAUCCACCACAGCUAGAACUUAUCAAACCCUUUUGUGAAGAUCUUGACCAAUGGCUAAGUGAAGAUGACAAUCACGUUGCAGCAAUUCACUGUAAAGCUGGAAAGGGACGAACUGGUGUAAUGAUUUGUGCAUAUUUGUUGCAUCGAGGCAAAUUUUUAAAGGCACAAGAGGCCCUAGAUUUCUAUGGAGAAGUAAGGACCAGAGACAAAAAGGGAGUAACUAUUCCCAGUCAGAGGCGCUAUGUGUAUUAUUAUAGCUACCUGUUAAAGAAUCAUCUGGAUUAUAGACCAGUGGCACUGUUGUUUCACAAGAUGAUGUUUGAAACUAUUCCAAUGUUCAGUGGCGGAACUUGCAAUCCUCAGUUUGUGGUCUGCCAGCUAAAGGUGAAGAUAUAUUCCUCCAAUUCAGGACCCACACGACGGGAAGACAAAUUCAUGUACUUUGAAUUUCCUCAGCCAUUGCCUGUGUGUGGUGACAUCAAAGUAGAAUUCUUCCACAAACAGAACAAGAUGCUGAAAAAGGACAAAAUGUUUCACUUUUGGGUAAAUACAUUCUUCAUACCAGGACCAGAGGAAACCUCAGAAAAAGUAGAAAAUGGAAGUCUAUGUGAUCAAGAAAUUGAUAGCAUUUGCAGUAUAGAGCGUGCAGAUAAUGACAAGGAAUACUUAGUACUCACUUUAACAAAAAACGAUCUUGACAAAGCAAACAAAGAUAAGGCCAACCGAUACUUUUCUCCAAAUUUUAAGGUGAAGCUAUACUUCACAAAAACAGUAGAGGAGCCAUCAAAUCCAGAGGCUAGCAGUUCAACUUCUGUAACACCGGAUGUUAGUGACAAUGAACCUGAUCAUUAUAGAUAUUCUGACACCACUGACUCUGAUCCAGAGAAUGAACCUUUUGAUGAAGAUCAGCAUACACAAAUUACAAAAGUUUGAAUAUUUUUUUUUUUUUAUCAAGAGGGAUAAAACACCAUGAAAACAAACUUGAAUAAACUGAAAUGGACCUUUUUUUUUUUUCUUUUUUUAAUGGCAAUAGGACAUUGUAUCAGGUUACCAGUUAUAGGAACAAUUCUCUUUUCUUGACCAAUCUUGUUUUACCCUAUACAUCCACAGGGUUUUGACACUUGUUGUCCAGUUAAAAAAAGAUUGUGUAGCUGUGUUAUGUAUAUACCUUUUUGUGUCAAAAGGACAUUUAAAAUCCAAUUAGUAUAAAUAAAGAUGGCACUUUCCCAUUUUAUUCCAGUUUUAUAAAAAGUGGAGACAGACUGAUGUGUAUACCUAGGAAUUUUCAUUUUGUGUUCUGUCACCAAUUGAAGUGGCUAAAAGAACUUUGUGUUAUACAGGUUCACAUCCAACCCCUUUGCACUUGUGGCAACAGAUAAGUUUGCAGUUGGCUAAGAGGAGUUUCUAAAAGGGUUUUGCUACAUUCUAAUGCAUGUAUUCUGGUUAGGGGAAAGGAGGGAAUGCUUAGAAAGGAAUAUAUUUAAUGCUGGACUCUGGACCAUAUACCAUCUCCAGCUAUUUACAUGCACCUUUCUUUAGCAUGCUACAGUUAUUAUUAAUCUGGACAUUUGAAGAAUUGGCCGCUGUCACUGCUUGUUGUUUGUGCAUUUAAAAAUUUUUUUAAGCAUAAUGGUGCUAGAAAAGGCAGCUAGAGGGAGUGAAUCUGUAUUGGGGUACAGGAAUGAACCUUCUAUAACAUCUAAAAAUACACAGAUGAAGGAAAAUUAAAGUGAUCAUAGAUAAGAAACACAGCAACAAUGACUUAACCAUACAAAUGUGGAGGCUAUCAACAAAGAAUGGGCUUGAAACAUAAAAUUUGACAAUGAUUUAUUGAACAAUUUUUCAGUUGUAAUGACUGCUCCAUCUCCUCUGUAAUCAAGGCCAGUGCUAAAAGUCAGAUGCUAUUAGUACCUACAUCAGUCAACAACAUACACUUAACUUUAUUAGUUUUCAAUCAUAUACCUGCUGUGGAUGCUUCAUGUGCUGCCUGCAAACUUUGUUUUUCUCAUUAAGUAUAAAAUAUUUUGUAAUGCUGCACAGGAAAUUUCAAUUUGAGAUUCUACAGUAAGCUUUUUUUUUUUCCUCUAAAGAUUUAUGAUGCACUUAUUCAAUCCAGUAGCUGUCAGCCGUUCCACCCUUUUGACCUUACACAUUCUAUUACAAUGAGUUUUGCAGUUUUGCACAUUUUUUAAAUGUCAUUAACUGUUAGGGAAUUUUACUUGAAUACUGAAUACAUAUAAUGUUUAUAUUUAAAAGGACAUUAUUUGUGUUUGAAAAGGAAAUUAGAGUUGCAGUAAAUUUUCAACACUGCACAAAUAAUAAGGCAUUUACUUUUUCAGUAAAAAGUGUCCCACAUAAUGCUUUAUUAAUUUGCUAUUGAAAGGAUAGAUUUUUUAAAAAUGUGCAGUGUUGAAUCAUUUUUUCAUAGUGCUAGAAUUAGGAGUAGGACUUCAAUUUCACUUCUUGAAUAUCAUAUUUGAUAUGCUCAGACUGCAUAUGAUUAUUAGCAGAGUACAACUAUUGUAAAACUAAUGUGAAGAUAUUAACAGAAAAUAUUUUCCCAGGAAUUUGGUAUCUUUCAAAUUAUACCUGACCUUACAACAUUUGAACUUCCAGACAAUUUAUUUCUUAAUGGUGUAAAAUCUCAUUUUCAACAACUUAUUGGUGCUGAAAUUGUUCACUAGCUGUGGUCUGACCUAGUUAAUUUACAAAUACAGAUUACUUAGGACCUACUAGAGCAGCAUUUGUAGAAUUUGAUGGUAAAUAGAUUACGCAGAAUUUCAUCAAAAAAUAUUUUUAGGUAAUAAUGUUGACAUGUUCCAUACCUCGUCAGUUUCAUUUAAUAAACUUAAAUUUUUAACAAAGCUCUUAGGAUUUACACAUUUAUAUUUAAACAUUGAUAUAUAGGGAAUUGAUUGACUGCUCAUAAGUUAAAUUGGUUAAGUUAGAGACAACUCUUCCUAAGAUCUUACUGUUGAAAUUUAUAUGCCACGUUACCUUUCAUAAAAACUGAAAAUUGUUGACUAAAAUAAAAAUCAACUCUUCAUGUUUUGAAAAUAGUUACUAAUACUGUUAUUUGUUACAGUUUGGGCACAGUAUAUUUAAACAAACUGUAUUGUUCCAAUAUGUAACAUGGAGGGCCAGGUCAUAAAUAAUGAUGUUAUAAUGGGCUUUUGCACUGUUAAUAUUUCCUUUGGAAUGUGAAGGUCUGAAUGAGGGUUUUGAUUUUGAAUGUUUCAAUGUUUUUGAGAAGCCUUGCUUACAUUUUAUGGUGUAGUCAUUGGAAAUGGAAAAAAUGGCAUUAUAUAUAUUAUAUAUAUAAAUAUAUAUUAUACAUACUACUACUCUCCUUUAUUUCAGUUACUAUCCCCAUAGAAUUUGACAAGAAUUGCUAUGACUGAAAGGUUUUCAAGUCCUAAUAAAAACUUUAUUUAUGACAGUAUUCACAAUUAGCCUGAAAUGCAUUCUGUAGGUAAUCUAUUUGAUUUUCUGGAAUGUUUUCUUAGACUUUUUGGAUGUGCAGCCGCUUACAUGUCUGAAGUUACUUGAAGGCAUCACUUUUAAGAAAGCUUACAAUUGGGCCCUGUACCAUCAAGUCCUCUGUAGAGCUCCUCUUGAAAAAAAAUUUUUUUGCCAUAAUUAUUAAAGGGUAGUUGAAUAAAUAGCAUCACCAUUCUUUGCUGUGGCACAGGUUAAAAACUUAAAGUGGAGUUUACCGGCAGCAUCAAAUGUUUCAGCUUUAAAAAAUAAAAAUAGGGUACAAGUUAAAUGUUUAGUUCUAGAAAAUUUGUGCAAUAUGUUCAUAACGAUGGCUGUGGUUGCCACAAAGUGCCUCGUUUACCUUUAAAUACUGUUAAUGUGUCAUGCAUGCAGACGGAAGGGGUGGAACUGUGCACUAAAGGGUGGGCUUUAACUGCAGUGUUUGGCAGAGUUGCCUUCUACCCUGCCAGUUCAGAAGUUCAAUUUGUUUUCAUAUAGAAUAUAUAUACUAAAAAAUUUCAGUCUGUUAAACAGCCUUACUCUGAUUCAGCCUCUUCAGAUACUCUUGUGCUGUGCAGCAGUGGCUCUGUGUGUAAAUGCUAUGCACUGAGAAUACACAGAAAAAAACAUGUGUACAGGAUAAUGCCUCAUACCAAUCAGAUGUCCAUUUGUUAUUGUGUUUGUUAACAACCCUUUAUCUCUUAGUGUUAUAAACUCCACUUAAAACUGAUUAAAGUCUCAUUCUUGUCAUUGUGUGGGUGUUUUAUUAAAUGAGAGUUUAUAAUUUAAAUUGCUUGAAGUCAUUGGAAUUUUAAAUAAUAAGCAGCUAAAUGUGAUUAAGAAGUUUCCUAUAAGUGGUUUUUUUGUCUUGAUUCACACCUCUCACCCCCACCUCUUCCCUAUCUGGUAUGGCCCUUUUUUAGCUUGUGAGUAGAGAAUUAGUUUCAUGCUUAAGAGAGGCACUUCACUUUUUUUAGGGCCUUAGUCUGCACUCAAUAGUCUCAAGUACAUAAACUAAUGUUCUAAUUCUGAAGAAGUUCCAAGAUUCUUGACAAAUUGUGCAUAUAUUUUUAAGUAUGCUGAUAUCUGGGGACAAUUCCCCAGAAAGGAUUCUGUAUUUCAGAUUUGUUCAUUAUGGAUUCUGUAUUCUUCUGUCAACAUAUCGGAGACUUCAUUUCUCAUUGUGACGUGCCAUAUAAAUUGAUACUCUAGAAUAAUGUAAAGGACUUGGUGUACUUGAAUUUAAACUUGUUACUAUAUUUUUAAAACUUUAAAGACCACAUAAUAUUCUUUUAACAAAGCAUGGUAAGGUAAUAAGUGAAGAUAUAGCCUGUACAAAUGUCUUGAAAAUCAGACCAUUUAUGUUACAGUGGAAUUUAUUGUUAUUUCAAGUUUACAUUUUCUUCUGUGAUUCACUAGAAGUAUAAUUAUGAAAAGUUUAUGCGUGUGCCCACAUAUUUUAAAUUAAUCUUAAUGUGUACGUAUGUUUGCAUAUUGGAGUCUAAAAUUCUGAUUUAUAAAGAGAUUUUGGUGAUGUCUGAAAAAUAAGAAUUAGUGGUAUUCCCCUUAAGCUCCCUGUUCUUACAUUGUAAUUGGAACUAAUUUUGGUUAAGUCAAUGCCAUCACCAUCUCCACUGAGAAUUUUUAAAAAUCACCAGCAUUUAGCUUGCCGGCUUCCAGAGGCUUCCCAAAAAACCAAGACCUUUAAAUUUAGUUAUUUGCUGCUAACGUGAACUUUUAAAUUUAAUUCUUGCCUGAUAAUCCACUCCUAAACCUUAGUCUUAAAUGGCUUAAGUGUAACUUUUUAUUAACAGUGUUGUUAGUGCAGAGACAAAUGUUUGUGAAUGAAAACUAAAAAAUAUUUAGUCUGAACUGGUACAAGGACAACACUGAAAAAACAGCAAAUAAAAUGACAAAAUAUUUUUUAAAAUUUAAAUGAUGACAUGUUGAGACUGGUUUUCUUAUAAAAUAAUUAUAUAGCUAUACAAAGCCUAAUGAUUAAGUUACUUACAGUCUUACAGUCUUUUGUCUUUGAUUCCAAAAUUUAGAGCAAGUCUAUUCUUUUAUGACCAAAAUCUGACUAUUUUUCCAUCUUUGAAGAGAUUUUUCCUUAAAAUAUGUCAAUGUAGAUAACCACCUUAACAAAUCCAUAUUGGUUGACAGCUUUAAAGGUAUAAAAUGAAGACAGGAAGGACAAUAAUUUCAUCAUUGGAUCAUAAAUUAGAUACUUUGAAAAUACUUUUCCAUGACAAGAUAAUCAAAAUUUCACUACCUGGAGACAUAGCCAUUAUUAAUACCUUAGUGACUAAACAGUGUUUCUGUAUAUGUCUUUUUACAAAAUGAGAUGUGUGUUGUGCAUAUUGUCAAAGCUUUUAAGCUUAGCAUUGUCAUGAACUUAUAGAAUGUUUGGUUACAUGAGAAAAUGGAUGGUGAUUAGAUUCUAAUGUUACAGAUACAGCUUGUGUGCAGUUACUACAGAGAGCCCUUUCCAAUUCAGUGGGUUAAUCAUGAAUGUUUAAAUAUUGUUGGCUUUGGGAUGACAUGUCAAAGUAAAUAAAAGUUGCAUUUAUUUAGUAUAGAACUCUUCAAAAACUAUUUAAAUAUUUGCAUUUUGAAGUUACAUGUUAAUAUAUACAACACUAGAAGUUAACUUCAUCACCUCUAUUUCCCUUCUAGGUUAAAGAAGGAUAAGCUUUUGAAUUCUGAUAGUUCUCUAAUUAUUGUUCAAGUUAGAGUAAAUUAGUUUAAUACCUGAAAAAAAAGUGAGGAGAAAAAAAAGAAGGUACUGUUGGUUUAUCACUUAAUUGUCUUUAAAUCUGUGUACUUAUGUCCAUCACAUCACUAACGAUAUUUCAUGUAUGGAUCACCUUUAACUCUGGAACUUAACCUCCUUUUUUUUAAACAUAUAUGAGUAAAUUUAAUUAUCAUAUGUGAGCAUUACACAUUUUAAAAUCUGUACAUUUUUAAAACCAAGUGUUUACUAAAGUGUUUAUAUUUUUCCUUUUUCUUAAUUUAAAAGUAAUUUAUAUCUCCCUUGUUGCAUGUGAAUUCUUAUAUACCCUUAUAAUGGUUAGUGAUUUUAUUUGUGUGGAAUGGAGCGAGGUUUGUAGUCAUGGUUUUCGUGUAUUGGUUUUUAAAAACUGCUUACUAUUUUGAAAUUCUUAAAAUGUUUAGGUGUGGCUUUUUACAGCCUAUCAUUUAUUGGCUUUUAUUUUGUAGACCCUUAGGAUUUUUCUGUCUACUGUAUACAGUUAUUCAGAUGAAAGCCCACAUUUACAAAUGUCCUUUAAAUUUCCAUCUUCUUACUGCCCUAAUGUGCUGUGUGCACAUGCACUCGUGCAAACGUGUGGGGGUGAGGGUGAAUUUAAUUUUUGAGAGUGCUAGACUCCAGCACUAGAGAUUAAAUAGUUUUAUGCAGGCAAACAGUUCUCAGUGGAAUGUUAAAGUUCAUUAUAUUGAAAAUAAUGUUAACCCUGAAUGACCUUUGACAUAUAGUAAUGACUUUGGCUUAUUUAUUAAUUUGCUGGUAGUGUCUGAAUUUUGUGCAUUAGUGAGUUACUUUCAAAAUUGUGCAUUUUACCAAAGUUGGUGUAUUGGAAAUGUUGUAUCAAGCUCCAUUUGGUUACUGAUGGACUUAAAAAUAGAAAUGCUUUCCUGUGGAGAGUAUUUUUUUCUUUAAAAAAUUAAAAUUUAAUUAUUUUGA